CAAGGAGUCGAUACGCUGUGAAUGGCUCUGGUGACACCACAGAAGAUCAAGAUGGGGACUCCAGGUUUUCAGAUGUCAUCCUGGCAACGAUUUUGGCUACCAAGUCAGAUAUGUGUGGCAAAAAGUUCGAGCUGAAGAUCGACAACGUUCGCUUCGUUGGCCAUCCCACGCUGCUCCAACACGCCCUCGGGCAGGUAUCCAAAACUGAUCCCUCACCAAAGAGAGAGAUGCCCACUAUGAUUCUGUUCAACGUGGUGUUUGCACUAAGGGCCAACGCGGAUCCGUCGGUGAUAAACUGCCUGCACAACCUGUCCCGCAGGAUCGCCAUCGUCCUGCAGCACGAGGAGCGCCGCUGCCAGUACCUCACCAGGGAGGCCAAGCUCAUCCUGGCCAUCCAGGAUGAGGUGUCUGCCAUGUCAGAAACCACAGAAGGGCCACAGUCACCUUUUCAUCACAUCCUACCCAAGUGCAAACUGGCCAGAGAUCUCAAAGAGACAUAUGACAGUCUCUGCACGACAGGGGUGGUUCGUUUGCACAUCAACAACUGGCUGGAGGUGAGUUUCUGCCUCCCUCACAAAAUCCACUAUGUUGCCACCAACUUCAUACCCCCAGAAGCAAUCGAGAGGAGUCUGAAAUCCAUCAGGCCUUACCAUGCCUUAUUACUUUUAAAUGAUGAGAAGUCGUUGCUUAAUGAGCUCCCUUUGGACUGCUCUCCUGCCCUGGUGAGAGUAAUUAAAACUACCUCUGCUGUGAAGAAUUUGCAGCAACUGGCUCAAGAUGCUGACUUGGCAUUGCUGCAGGUUUUCCAGCUUGCUGCACAUCUCGUUUACUGGGGAAAAGCAAUUAUUAUUUAUCCUCUCUGUGAAAACAAUGUCUACAUGCUCUCUCCAAAUGCCAGUGUCUGUCUUUACUCUCCCUUGGCAGAGGCGUUUUCCUGCCAGUUCCGUGGCCACAACCUGCCCUCCAUGCUCUCCAAGUUCUCCCUCCCCGUGUCCCUCUCGGAGUUCAAGAACCCACUGGCGCCGCCCGUGCAGGAGACCCAGCUCAUUCAGAUGGUGAUAUGGAUGCUGCAGCACAGGCUCCUGAUCCAGCUCCACACCUACGUGUGCCUGAUGGUGCCCCCGAACGAGGAGGAUCUCCGGGCCCAGGACGAAGACAUGCCCUUCACUGCCAGAGUUGGAGGCCGAAGUCUGAGCACCCCCAACGCUCUCAGCUUUGGUUCUCCAACCAGCAGUGAUGACAUGACUCUGACAAGCCCUAGCAUGGAUAAUUCCAGUGCUGAGUUGAUACCUGGUGGGGACUCACCCCUGAAUAAAAGGAUGACGGAGAAUCUCCUCGCCAGCUUGUUGGAACACGAGCGGGAAGCGAUCCUGAACGUCCCUGCUGCCCAGAACCCUGAGGACCUGCGCAUGUUUGCGAGGUUUGUGAACUCCAUGCAAAUAUGAGACAAGGAGCAUGAGAGACAGAGCCAGCCUUGAAACCUUUUGCAGAGCAGUCUGUGAACGUUUCAAGGUGUGUGUUGCAGCAAUGAGAGCUCCUUGUGUUAGGUUAAUUAGGUUGAAGGAAUUAGGGGGUGUGAUUAGUAGCACACAUUUUGUUGUUACGAAUUUCCACACAACAAUAACACACACAAUGUGGUUCUGCACGUGGUGAGAGCAGAAUGACUUCCUGAGCAGCCAUCUGGGAAGAAGGGAGGGAGGGGAGGAAAUGCUUUUUCUUCCUAAGGAUUGCAAAACUCAGUGGCAUCACUGGAAUGCAACUUUCACUGGUUUUCAUACUUGUGGGGCAGAAAACCACCCGAGGCAAGGGCUGCAGCUGUUCAGUACUCCUGGGUUCAGUUGGUAAUCCCCUGGAAAUCUGGUUCUCACCCUGGGGUGGUUACAGUCAGGUAGCCCAGGAAACUGCAACAGCAGGAAAAUACUUUCCUUGUCUGCAGUAGAGUACAGCUGAGGGACUUUGACAGAGCUCUCGAAGCUUGUGGGUAGUUACUGCUCUCUGAAUCACUUGCCUCCUUCAUCUUCUGCAACUGUUCAGAGGAUAUUUUCUGAUUGAGAGGCAACAUUUUGGCCGUUUGAGAACUCUGAAGUGGUUUUUCCCUGUUACCAGCUAAAUCAUUACAAAACCAGUGAGAAACAAAAGUAAAAACAAAAUCAUAUUUAAUGAUAUCUUAAGACAGAAUUUGUGGGGGGACUUUUUGGACCAGUUCAGUGCCAAUGCAGAUUCUUAUUUAUCCUAGGGAGAGGAAAGCAUGUUGUAAUUGCUCCCCUCUCACUUCCCUCAUCUGAGUAAAGGAGCCAUUUGAAAAAGCUUUGGAACUGCAGAUGCAAAAAAAUGACUCUGAUUCCUUUGUGAGAGCAGCUGCUGUGACCAGGCAGCUGAGUGAUGUGAAUUGUGCAGUUUGCUCCUGCACCAGGUUCUUUUGCAGAUCCCCAGGAUGGCCUUGCUGGGUCUGAAUUUCCAGUGUGCUACAGCUUGGAUUGACAAGUGCUCAGGGGCAGUGAGGGAGGGAGGAGAUACAGUAAACAGAUGGGUCCUGUGGGCACACACAGAAAUGUUU